UCCAAUAAGCGAGGAACCAGAAAGUUUAACUUCAAACCCACAGAAAAACUUGAUUUAACUCCGCAACACUAGCAUCUUUACGCUCUCAUGUAACAUUCGGACUUCUUUCUCAACUCUCAAUGCAUAGCAUUUCCGGGGGCUUUAGGAGAGUAGGAAGAGGCCUUGGGAGAGGACGUGCGAGGGCAAAACGCCAGGAAACUUCCCCACUUCAAGUUCUCGGUCACAGGGAAGAUUAGGAACACUAGCGUUGUUCCAGGGGUGUCCCUAGGGCUGAAACCUAGACUAUCCGUCUCCCUUCAUUUUUCCCUUUCCCUCUUCCAGCUCAGCACCUAAGAGUCCAGCGUCAAAUCAAUAUCGUGCACGCCUCCAGGGCGGAGACAACCCACAGAGGGUGCAGAUAGGCAACCCCGCGCGGCAGGGCGCAGCCGCAGCAGCUGCAGCCGCACUCCGCAGGUGGCCCACGCCCUCCCCCGGGGCAGCCCCUGGGGGAGGGGCCACCUCCCCCUGGAGCCACAGCCUACGCCCCGGCCUCCAGCUCUGGCCAUCAGUCUCCGCCCGCCAGCCAGACCGCAGCGGCGUGCUGGCGUCACGCGCCGUCUGGAAGGCGGAAGCGCGAGCGCGGGUGCGGCUGCGGUGGCGGCGCGAGCUGCGGCAGGAUCCGUUCCCUCCCAGUGAGAGGCGCUUGGGGCACGGAGCAGGAUGCGCCCGGCCCCAGCCCCAGCCCCAGCGCCAGCGCCAGCGCCGGGCUUCUAGCGCAGCCCGCUCCGCCUCGCCUCGCCUAUCCUAGCCGGGGGCGGGGUGCCGGAGUGGGAGAGGGGGGCGGUCGUGGUGUCGAUUCUCCCGCCGCUGCUGUCGCCUCCUCUGCCGCUGUCCUCGGUGAAUCUUGGCGGGGCAAGAUGAGCGGCGCCGGGGACAGGAUUCCGGGAGGAGAUGCCGUCCCUCAGGCCGCUGGGGACCCCGGGGCCACCGCCGCCAAGGGUCCCGGCGCGGAGCCCCCGCCCGCGAUGUUGAGCGUGGACGUGCCGGGACUGUGCGCGCAGUUCGCCCGCAGCUUCGUAUUGCUCUUCCCGGUAUAUGUGCUGGGCUACCUGGGACUGAGCUUCCUGUGGAUCCUGCUGGGGCUGUUACUGCUCUUCUGGUGCCGGAGGAACAAGGGCCACAAGACCUCCCGUUUCUACCGGGCACUGGCCUUCCUGGAGAACGAGGAGCAGGCGGUGCGGCUCAGCAUCUGCACCUCGGACCUGCCCGCCUGGGUCCAUUUUCCUGACACUGAAAGAGCAGAAUGGCUAAAUAAGACUGUAAAGCAUAUGUGGCCUUUUAUUUGCCAGUUUAUAGAGAAAUUGUUUCGAGAAACAAUAGAACCAGCUGUGCGGGGAGCAAAUGCUCACCUUAGUACCUUCAGUUUCACAAAGAUUGAUAUGGGUCAUCAGCCCCUGAGGAUUAAUGGUGUUAAAGUAUACACAGAAAACGUGGAUAAACGACAGAUUAUUUUGGACCUUCAGAUCAGUUUUGUGGGAAAUUGUGAGAUUGAUUUGGAGAUCAAAAGAUACUUCUGUAGAGCUGGAGUGAAAAGUAUACAGAUUCAUGGUACAAUGAGAGUUAUCUUAGAGCCAUUGAUUGGGGACAUGCCUUUAGUUGGAGCUCUGUCCAUUUUCUUCCUCAGAAAACCUCUUCUAGAAAUUAAUUGGACGGGAUUAACUAAUCUUCUGGAUAUUCCUGGGCUAAAUGGCUUAUCAGAUACUAUUAUUCUGGAUAUAAUAUCCAAUUAUUUGGUGCUUCCUAAUCGAAUCACAGUUCCUCUUGUCAGUGAAGUACAGAUUGCUCAGCUGCGAUUCCCUAUACCAAAGGGUGUUUUAAGAAUACAUUUCAUUGAAGCUCAGGAUCUGCAAGGUAAAGACACUUACCUUAAGGGCCUUGUCAAGGGGAAAUCAGAUCCCUAUGGAGUUAUUCGGGUUGGCAACCAAAUCUUUCAAAGCAAGGUCAUCAAAGAAAAUCUCAGCCCAAAGUGGAAUGAAGUUUAUGAGGCUUUGGUUUAUGAACAUCCUGGGCAGGAAUUAGAAAUUGAACUCUUUGAUGAAGACCCAGACAAGGAUGAUUUCCUUGGAAGUCUUAUGAUUGAUCUGAUCGAAGUUGAGAAGGAGCGCCUCUUAGAUGAAUGGUUCACUCUGGAUGAAGUCCCUAAAGGAAAAUUGCAUUUGAAACUGGAAUGGCUCACAUUGAUGCCAAAUGUUCUGAAUCUUGAUAAGGUGCUAACAGGCAUUAAAGCUGACAAAAACCAAGCCAAUGAUGGCCUUUCUUCUGCAUUGCUUAUCUUAUAUUUGGAUUCAGCAAGAAAUCUUCCAAGUAUCUACGAGGGAAACUUUGGGUGUGGCUACUUAAAAGAGAGGAGAGCAUCGGGACUAGUCUUUUGUGAAAAUACUACCUCAGUCUAUAGAGCCCUAUUUAGUAAUCCAUUAGAAUAUAACCAUGAUGGCUUGAAGAAGGCUGCAGUUCAGAAAGCUUUAAAGUCCGGGAAGAAAAUAAACAGCAAUCCUAAUCCUCUAGUUCAAAUAUCAGUUGGACACAAGGCCCAGGAGAGCAAGAUUCGAUAUAAAACCAAUGAACCUGUGUGGGAAGAAAACUUCACCUUCUUCAUUCACAAUCCCAAACGUCAAGACCUUGAAGUUGAGGUCAAGGAUGAACAGCAUCAGUGUUCUUUGGGGAACCUGAAAAUUCCUCUCAGCCAGCUACUGGCAAGUGAUGACUUGACUAUGAAUCAACGGUUCCAGCUCAGUAAUUCCGGGCCAAACAGCACUAUAAAAAUGAAGAUUGCCCUUAGGGUGCUAUAUCUUGAAAAACAAGAAAGGUCUCCAGAUCAUCAACAUUCAGCCCAAGUGAAGAGACCCUCUGUUUCCAAAGAAGGGAGGAAAACAUCUGUCAAAUCUCAUGUCACUGCACCUACAGCUUCUGAUUCCAGCAAAAUGGUCUCAGCUUCACCAGUACCUGACAAUACAAGAAAGACUGAUGUGGAUGAAAAAAGUCAACCUCCCAAUGCUAGUCCUCAGUGGCCAUCUGAUCUCAGCCAAAGUUCCUCCAGCCUCCACACCUCCAAUGUUACCUCUUCCCCGAGUCACCUUUCCAUCAAAGAGCCCACCCCCAGCAUAGCAUCGGACAUCUCACUGCCCAUUGCCACACAGGAACUACGGCAAAGACUUCGACAGCUUGAAAAUGGAACAACAUUGGGGCAAUCUCCCCUAGGACAGAUUCAGUUGACAAUACGUCAUAGUUCACAAAGAAACAAACUUAUUGUGGUUGUGCAUUCCUGUAGAAAUCUCAUUGCCUUUUCUGAGGAUGGCUCUGAUCCAUAUGUCCGAAUGUAUUUACUUCCAGACAAGAGAAGAUCAGGAAGAAGAAAAACACAUGUAUCAAAGAAAACAUUAAAUCCAGUCUUCGAUCAAAGCUUUGAUUUCAGUGUUUCCUUACCAGAAGUGCAAAGGAGAACGUUGGAUGUAGCUGUCAAGAACAGUGGUGGUUUCUUGUCCAAAGACAAAGGGCUUCUGGGCAAAUUGUUAGUAUCUUUGGCCUCUGAGGAUCUUGCCAAAGGCUGGACCCAGUGGUAUGAUUUGACAGAAGAUGGUACAAGACCCCAGGCUAUAAACUAGAUCCUCUUUCGACAUGAAGAAUUUCUCCUUGAGUAUUGUACUUAGCCAAUCUUUAUACACUUUGAAUGCAUCAUUUUCACAGAUGUUUCAAUAUUAUUUUUAUAGUUUUAUGUAUUUAGUUAUUACACACCCCAAAGGUUUUAUAAAUUUUAACACAUUGACAUUUUUUGCAGAUUUAGCCAGUUUUAUUGUUAAAUUUCAUGUUUUAAUUUAGUCUAAUAUUUUGCCUAUUAUUACAACGUGCAAUAGAGUGUUAGAAUGACGUGUUAAAUGGAAACAUUUGUCAUUUGUGUCUUUUAGAAAAUGAAUAUAUAUGCGUUAUUACUGCCUUGUUUUGUAUAUCACCAAGGCAUACUAUGCCAUGUAAAUAGACUAUUUUUUUAUAAUCUCUUCAUGCUGGUUUGAAGUCAGAUGAAAAUGGAUGAAGGGAAUAUAUAUAUAUAUUUUCUUCAAGUUCAUAUUAAAUUCUAUGACAAAUAAUCCUUUUAUUUGGCCUUUGCAGCAAAAUGGUCUCAGUGACUUAGUUUUUUAAAAGAAAAAAAAACUGAAAUUAGUGUGUUUUUUGCCUGUUGUGGCUACUAAAGUAUACAAAAUAUUAACAUUAAGUUCUAUUAUUGAGAAGUCAUGACUCUUAUAAACAAAGUGUUUUUAGUACUAUGAAAUAUAAGUGUUAUAUUUGAAAAGACGACUGUCAUCCUCCCUAAAUCAUCAAAUCUCGGCUUUCUUACAUAGAAAUGAAGACAUUUGCAGUAUAAUGUUUUGAAUUUAUUUUUAGUUGCCUGUUUAUUGUAACUUAUUCAUGUAAUCUAAAAAAAUAUAUAUAUAUAUUUAUAUACAUACAUUUAUAUAUGUAUACACAUUAUCUUUCUUAAAAGAUAACAAGUAAAGCAAUUUUCCAUGUUAGAAAUUAGAAUUCAAAAGUAAAUGCUCAUAAAUCAUUAAUUUUCAUUGUUCUAACAGUUUAUUUAAAAAAAAAUUAUAAACCUAGCAAUGAAAAGCUGAGAAUGUAUAUUGUGAAAUGUUGAAUUCAAAGGUGAUUUUUUUUUUCUUGACCCUUACUUCAGUGAAGUGAAAAACUUGCUUUUAAUGACAGUUUGUCCUGAGUUUAUACCAUAUGUCAGACAUAAUAACCAUUAAAUUGAGACAUCAUUGCAUUCUGCUGCUAUGUAGAGGUUACCAGCAUGACCAAAGGGGAUUUAACAUAGCUGUAGAGUUGUGACUAAUAGCAGCUAUUGACUAUAACACAGUUUCGUUAGUUUGGGUCAGGAACAUUGUUAUACACAAAAUUUAGAAGCCUCUUUUAAAGACUUUGAAAGCAUAUUUCACACACAGGGACCUGCUUAUAAGUGGAGGAAUAUGCUCUGCACUUCAUAUACAAAAGUAUUUACCUAGUUUAAAAGUAAAAUAUUUUUAGUCAAGUGACACAAAUGAUUUCAUUACUUGUCAGACUAUGUUAAGAUUAUGUAAUAAAUACUUUUAAAAACAGCUUUAUAAUGAACUCAAGUUUCAUCAAACUCAACAACUUAUGACAGCUCACAUGACCAAACAUACCAAAGUGCCUGUUGUGGAUAUUAGAUUCCAGAACCUUCUAAUUUAAUGUCACUUUUAGUUAAUUAAAAAAUACUUUGAUUCCUGAGGUCUACUUAUAGUGGAAGUCAAUUAUCUUCACUAAUUAUUUUCACUCUGAUAAAAAUGAUAGUGCCACAGUGAAGUGAAAUAAUCAUGUUACCUUUAAAUGACAUUUCACUGGAAGACCUCAUCAUUAACAGGCUCCGAUGUGGAUAUGUAUUGUGUUGGUGACCAUUUCAGAAGAGUGUGUUUAUAUAUUCCGUAUAUAUACAUAUAUGUGUGUAUAUAUAUGUGUGUGUAUAUAUAUAAUAUAUAUCUCGCAGUCCUAAAGCAUGAGAAAGAGCUAUAUAUUAAUCUGUUAAAAUCUAGUUUGUCUAUCCAUGAUUUACUGAAUACCAUCUUUUUACAGUGAGUUAGAUUGCUGGGCCUCCAGCACGGCUUGAAAGAAGGAAGGAAAAUGCAACACUUUUAACGUUAUAGUCAUCUGUAUUAAAGUUCUGGAACAAAGGAAUUUUAAAUAGAGUUAUUUGCUUCUUUACCUAAAAAAAUGCAUAUCUAUCUAUAUAUGUGUAUGUAUAAUUAUGUUUUUCCUUUUUGGGACUAAGUGCUUUGUUAGUUUAUUUAGGACAAUGCAAAUGCAACUAGAAGGGGAGAAAAACAUCAAGUGAGAGAGAAACAAAAGACAAUAGUAAAGCAGUCUGGCAAUGCUAAAUUUAGUAGCCUAGUCCCAGAGCCUGAUUAUGUGAGGCACAAUUCCUGUUGCUGUUAGUCAAGUACUAAUUUAGUGAAGUUGCUAUCACCAAGGAGUUUGACUCCUAAUUGCUGUGAGAAUUGACCCUGUAUUUGUAUAGUACGAGAAUUCCAGUACCUGUCCUUAGUCUUUCUUUAAAAGAAAAAGAUGACAGCUUAAGGUGGAUGUUGUAGCAUCAUAAAAACAGUGAUAAGAUUGGGAACAAAAGGGAAGUGAUCUACUAUGAAAUACUGAAAGAUUAACUUAUGGGGCUGAUCAUGAAGACUAGAUUGUUAGAAACACAUUUUCAAUAGUGGGAAAAAAUUCAAUUUUUAUUGAUUUUUGAUUUUUAAUACAUGUGUAAAGUGAAUAAUGAGGAUUUAACAGUUAUUAUUUUGAGCCAAAAAGGAAAAAAAAAAUCUACUUAAAUGAAUUUCAAACAGCAAUUCUGGAUAGUUUGUACAUGUGGAUUGUAUAUCCUGUGCCUUAACGUAUAAAGUGCAAAGUAUUGUUGUCUUCAAUGUUUCAAAAAAUUAAAGGUAAUUUUUUUUUUGCUGUACAUAUCACCAUUUAUAUUUUAUGCUAUGAAAAUUUCUACAAAAAUUCUCUUGCUUUGGUGAGAAGGGCUUUAAAAUUAAAUUUUUAAAAAAUAUCAGUGAAAGUGUACUUCAAAUGUGAUGCAAUGUAACACUUGUAAUUUGGAUUAAAUAAAGUUGUUCUUUUUGGUAUAAUUCCUUCUAUUUCAGAGUUGCAAGAAUCUGUAAAAUUGGAAAUCAGUGAAGAGGGACUUUUUUAUUAUAGGUUAUCCUUUUUUGCUUAAUUUUCAUGACAGUGCAUGUAUUUAUUCAAUAAACAAUUCAUAUGGUG